GAUUUCUCUCUGAAAAGUGCUAUGCUGCAGGAGGUGCUGCUGGGAUUCAAAGAGACGCUGCGACGGGGGCUGGGGAGCGACACAGCCAUCCCGAUGAUGAUUAAUUUCUGGGAAACAUCCUCAGCAGAAUUAUUUGAAGGUGUUGCACCGGAGAGUAAAGGCACAGAGGCAGUGGCUUGUGGGAACGAGGGCAGCAGAGAAACACCCACCUUUGGCUCCAGAUUGUCCCAGCCUCCCACGGGACAGGGAAGGGAACUGGCUGUAGUGGAGCCAGUCCAGGGGCCGGUGACCUUCGAGGAGGUGGCUGUGUAUUUCACCAGGGAAGAGUGGGCUCUGCUGGACCCCCGUCAAAGAGCCCUCUACAGAGACGUCAUGCAGGAGAACUAUGAGAAUGUGACCUCGCUGGGUAAGGAAUCCUGUCCCCUUGGUUCUUAGAAGGGGAAAUGAAGAGUUAAAUUUGUGCCACCCUCACAAUGCCACCUCUGCUCUGCCCUGUCUCAGCAACAGCCCAUUGAGAGCAUUGAAAUGGGGCAGACUAGGCCCCUCAAGGUUCAGAUGCACUUCCCUUCAUAUCACAGUCACAGCUCUGCCAAGCUGCUCCAACUCCUCCCUCCACCAUCCAGUUACAGCUACAGCUGACCCAGUGCACACAGCUGGAGGCGUGCAGAUAAAUGCUUGUAUUCCCAUCUCUGAACACAACACAAACAGUGGCACAUUCCUAGUCCUUCAUAUCUAUUGAGGAAUCAUAGAUUUUAUGGCCAGAAAGGGCUAUUAGGUCAUCUAGUCUGACCUCCUGUAUAACACUAGUCAUAGAAUUUCAUCCAGUUACUGCUGUACUGAGCUGAAUACCUUGUGUUGGACUAAAUCCUCCCCCAGAAAGGCAUCCACUCCGACUUGAAGACUUCAAAAAAUGGAGAAACCUCCACUUCCUUUGUUAGUUUGUUAAUCUUUGCACCAGCCUUACUGAGACGCUCCCAGUGGCUAGUGCCAGCUGCAGGGCAAGGGGCAGAGUUAAGGUUGCAUUUUAGGGGUGGUGUGUAUAUUAACUCUUCCUUUUCUGGUUCUCGGAGGUUUAAGUUUAGCCACCACUCACCUAGUACAAAGGCAUGCAGCAGAACUGGCCAACUGGUACUCAGUAUUUAUGUAGGUUAUGGACAUUUGAUUUUCUUAUUUUUUUAAUAGACUUUUUCGGUACUCUGUCUGCAUGAGAGAUUUUGCCAACAUAAUUAUGUCAAUUAAGGAUGUGGUUUUUUGCGCCUCUAACAAACAGAGCUAUGCUGACAAAACUUUGCAGCUCAGAAGAGGCCAGAAUCUGCAAGUGGAUUUUAAAACACUUUAAAAUAUUGCUCUCAGCCCUGAAAUUUUGGAAUCGGCGGAAACAUCUAAGAAGAACUCCUUCAGAAUGCAGCAAAACACACAGUACACCUAGUCUGAAAGUUAACAGUGGUACGGCUCCAACUCAGAUGAAUGGGUGUAGCUCAGAGGCAGUGGCCACAGUGUGCCCUCUUGACCUA